AUGCAACUCGCAAGCCAAAUGAGCUGCAUCAUCCCGUACGACCCGGAGCUGAACGACGGGAUAGACUUUACCCCCACCGUAAUCAAAAGAUGGAAGCGUCUCCGGGCCAUACGACCAGUCUUCAGUGCGCGUGCUCUAUCGAUAAGAGAGAAAGUAAAAAAAGCAACGAAGGAGAUUCGGCGGUUGAACACAACUAGAGACGCGGAAUUUCAGUAUGCUUGUAGGAGAAGGAAGACUUACCGAUGGAUGCUCAAAUGUUUGAAGCGGCAGCUAUCCAUGUGCACCAAAGCCAUUUGUUCGAUAAUGAAAAACGCAGGUCUCCCUAGAUAUGCUUAUAGCAGCUGUCGCUCGCUCGAAUCCGGAGUCAAUGCUAUGCCCAAUGAGCUCCAGGAUAUCGUUUUUGACCACUUGCUUGAUCAUACUCUUGUGCCUUAUAAACAUCAGCCGUAUUGUCAGGAGAGUGCAGACCUACAGAGCGGUAUACAAUCCCACAUCGACUUGGAACUUGAGUGGGGUGAUCGGAGGGCCGGAGACCAUGAGCGGCGGUACCCGGUUUUCGACGCGCCGCACUUCAUGAAGAGAAAAUUCGCACAACCGGAAAUGGUCGCCGCCCUCGUAGAACGAGCGAGGUACAAGAUCUUGAGAAAAAGAGAGUGUACAUUCGUCGUCCAAACAAAAGCACUCCUGCAUUUCGGUACAGCGCACUCACGCGCUUUCGGUGUGCCGCUCGCGGGUUUUCACCGCAUAGACCGCACGGUGCAGUUGAAUAUUUGCCCGAAAGAGAUCCUGGGAGGCAUUCGAAACAAAUGCAAAAGACUAUGGGAGAAGGACUGGGAAGCUAUCCCGAAACAUGUACGGAACCUGAUCUUUACAGCCGCGGAACCCGUCGAGAGGGCAGGUGGUCGUUUGGUCGUUAAGGCUGAAAUGCCACGGUGGAAUUCCAUGCCAGGCACCUUUGAUCAGGAGCGGUACAUGACUGUAGUUCGGAAAGUCAUUGAGGAGUUGGAAAGCCGGAAGCUUGCUACGAUAGACUUCUCUUGGUAUUCGCCACCACUGAAAUAG